AUGACUUCACUACCACAAGUCACUGUUACACACCAUUCUGAUGAUGAUGAUGAUGACGAUAACAACGUAAAGCUUUAUCAUGCUGCUACUGAUGGAGAUGAAAUACAAGCAUUCACAGGAGGCAACUUGGGCAAUCCGAAAGGUCGAAGAUCGUCUGAUUUCAGUGUCGGAGAUAGAAGCCUGGAAGCAGAUGACUUGCUCAAUAAACUAACCAACCAACAGUCUACGAAUUACCGGUUUAUCAAGUUUGACACCAACUCGAAAACGCAUAAAGAUGUUAAACCAUUGUACAAAAAACAGGUUGCAUUUGAUGACGUCAAUAUUCUGUAUGAUGAUGACGAGAUUCCAGAUCCUGAUGAUGAUUACGGAUGGGAGAUAUACAAGCGCAAGCAUGGAAACCUUAGACCUGCGUCUACUUAUAUACGUGGUCGGCAACCUUCUUCGAUUGGAGAAAGAAUUUCCUCACCGAUUGUUUCCCCUACUCGACGCAAUGCUUAUGAAGAAUUGGAUAGUUCUGAAUUAGCUGAGUUGAAAAGGUUGGAAAAGCAAGUGAUUCAUUAUCCAACAACACCAAUCACCACACGGAGAUUUUGUUCAAUCACUCAAAGACACAAAUUGUAUGAGCCAUUGUAUAAUCUCAAAUUGCUUCCAAUGACACCUGUAUUGCCACAUAGGACUAUACUAGUUUACAUAAGCGCGAGACAGCAUACCUGGGUUGCAUUGGACUGGAUGUUGAGCAAAUUUAUCGAGAAUGGGGAUAAAAUUAUUGUUUGUGCCACGCUUGACCCUGAUGUUUUGGAAUAUGAGAGGAACCGCGCUGCAAGGAGAGGUCAACUUUCAUUAUCGAGGUCUCCUUCCAGAGGACCGGAUCCAUUGGAAAGAUUCAAACUGAGAAAUGAGCCUGAUAAUGUUUCCAAGAUUGCUGCCAAUCUCAUGGACUACAUAUUGGAAGUAAUCAAUCCUGAUGUUAUUACCAGAGUGACUGUUGAGUUGGUUGCAGGACGCACCAAGGAAGUUUUGAAAGAUAUGUAUCGAUUGUACGAGCCAAAUAUUGUUUGUACUGGAACAAAGCCUAACAAAGCAUUCGGUGCACCUUUGAGGUCAUGGCAUUCAUCAAAGUUGACUGAUCGAUUGGUGAAAAACUUUCCAUUGCCAGUAAUUGUUGUGCCUGCGGUGAAUAUGUGUGAUUUUGAAUACUCAUUGCAGAGUCGAAUCAAUGGUACCAGCAUGAAGGAGACUAUAAACUCCAUUGAAGAUGAGGAAGUCCUCAAUGGUGAUGAUGAUGAUGAUGAUGAUAUAGACAGUAUUGCGUCUCAUGAAUCUCAUCAAAGCAACUCUUCUGCCACAUCAUAUGAUUCCUACGAAGAAAUUGCUCGGUUAUUUGUUAAUCACAAGAAGGGUAUCAAAAAGAAAUUGAAUGAAUUGGGCCACGAUCCCAUCAAUGAUCAGUACUAUGUCGACUUUGCCAAAGCGAUAACUGAUAAUUCCAUCGACUUGUGUACUAAUAUUAUUGCUGUUCAACCUGAAAAUACUGGACAAGGUGCACAACUAGCUAGAGCUAUAACUGGAUCCAACUCAUUUGGCGUGAGUACCUAUCGAACCAAAUCAUUACUUGCGCCACAAGAAGAGAAAGAAGAAAAGAAGAAGGAAACACCAAAGGAGCAUAAAUUAUCAUUCAAGGAAGUUAGUCAACAAUUGAAAUUAAACAAGACAAAGUCUGCUGCUGCUGCCGCUGAUACGCCAACACCAACACCGGAAUUGGCAUCACCUGAGAAAUCACCACUGCCAACGCCUAGUGCAAAUGGUAAUGGUGGUGAUCAUUCAACUCCUCCUCCCCAGACUUUGAAAUGGGGCGGUUUGGAGAAACCUAGUGAUAAAGGCGGACUGCCGUCAUCAGGGUCGGGUCUUUCUCCGUUGCGUAAAUAUUUGUCGGAUGACGCUGAUGGUAGAGCCAAGAAUGGAAGUCGAACCAGUUUGGAUAAAUUGAAGUUGGAGCCAAGAAGAAGUCAACCUGGAAUGUCGGGCAACAGUGGUGGUGGAGGUGCAAGUGGAACCAGUAGUGGAGGGCUAGACGAAAAGAAGAAGAAGAAGAAGAAAGGGUUCUGGAGUAAGUUUAAAAAAGACAUAGGGUUAUAG